AUGCUCUCGACAACCCUACACACUAUCCUCCUCCUCGGCGGUGCCGCCACCUCGGCCUCGGCAGCCUGCACCCGCGACGACCUGAAAGCCGCGGCGAGCAGCUACGUCGAGGCCCAGGCCGCCGGCAAGCCGUCCUUCACGGCCCUCGACGCCUCCCCGGACGUGGCCUACUCGGAGAACUUCAAGACCGUGCCCGUGGCGACGGGCAUCCUCUCGCAGGCGCUCAAGAUCGACUUCAACCGCAGCAUCUACGACACGACGCAGUGCGCGACCUACACGGAGCUCGUCUCCGCGACGGGUGCCCACCCGUACGUCAUCGGCACGCAGAUGCGCUUCGCCGACGGCGACGCGUCGAAGGUCACCAAGAUGGAGUCCAUCGUGACCGACAAGGGCGACUGGCUGUUCAACGCCACGGGCACGCUGUACUACGCCUCGCGCGAGGCCUGGCCCGAGAUCCCCGAGGACAAGCGCGACAGCCGCGAGGCCAUCAAGGCCGCGGGCGACGCCUACUGCGACCUGUUCAACGACAAGUCGGCCAAGGUGCCCUGGGGCACGCCCUGCGAGCGCCUCGAGGGCGGCAUGUACACGGGCAGAGGGUCGCCGACGGACUCGUGCAACGUGGGCGUGCCGAGCGGCGUCAAGCUGAUUGACAGGCGGUACGUGAUCGACGAGGUCAUGGGCACGGUCGACAUCUUCAUGACGUUUGGGUCCAUCCCCGACAGCCACGAGUUCCGGGUCGAGAACGGGAAGCUGCGGUUCGUGCACACCAUGUCUGUCAUGGGCGGUUGA